AUACUCCCUACUCUUGAUGUUAAAAGGAAUAUAUUAGCUUUUUAUUAGCAUUUCCAAUCCCACACGUGACUCCCCCCAGCAAGAUGUCUUCAGGGGAUUGAGGAAGGAAGUUUGUUUACCAUUUGUCUGUCACAGGAGGGAGGUGUUUGUGGUUUGGUCACGUCGGCGAGUCUAAUGCCACCACUCAGGCCUGUAGAGCGACUGGAGAAACUGUGUGGCUCUAAAAUUGCAAACCAUCUCUUCACUGUUUUCUCGUCAUGGUACAAACACACUGAUGGCUUCCAGAUCGACACCGACACAGACUACAUUGAGAGUGAGAGCCUCGGGAAUGCCACCCUGCUGAAGUUGCAUGGCUUAGUGAACAACACUACUGGUGGGGAUGGAGAAGAGGUACUGACUGAAGACUGCAAUGCGAGAGAAGACAAAUAUAUCCAUCAAUUAACAAGUGGCAAUAAGGACGUAAGCGAGAAGGGAAGUUGCCCGAGUGGUACCAUCUCCCCAAUCCCUCUGCAGUACCGAGUGAUUGAUGCCGUGACCCACUGGCUGGCGAGGGAAGUGAGAGAAUACCUGUCAGCCCAUUUAGCGCCAAGGUUCAAGGAGGAAGUCUUAGAGCUCCUGAUCAAUGUCAUCGCCAGCAAGGUCGAGCUUCCGGGGCCAAGAGAAAAGCUUCGGAUCUAUGAGGAUGAUUUGGAUUUUAUGAGCUCAUUGGCAUUCUUGCUGUGUAUAGGCUUGAAGUGUAUGUUGACAAAAGGUGUGACAUCCUUGGACCUGUCUCCCAUAUCACACUUGGUUAAGAGGUGGAAGUUGCUAUGCUGGGGUGGAGAGAUUGUGAACCGCAAUGGAGAUGAGUGUAAAUGCCCUUCCUUUGACAUCUUUGGCUUCGCGUUGGACAUUGGCGUUUCAGGCUUGAGAACACUGAAAUACCUCAAAUUACCUCACUUUGUGUACAACAGUUUUGUCAGGAAGGUCGCUUACUUGUGUCCUAACCUGGAAGUGCUGAUCCUGCGAUGCUCAGCCGAUUGUGCAAACCCCAAGUACAACACCCCUAUGGUCACCAAUGUGGAGGUCUUGUAUGGAGACACGAUGCUGUGUCCCGAUGGCCGUGUGAGGCUCAUUCCCGGCUGCAAGGACUUGGUUGCUCUUGCUCUUCCUGAAGGUGUGGAGACGCUGGAUGUCACGAACGAUGCCAUAGAGAUGUUGACGUACAUGCCUAACCUGCAGUACUUCGUUGGUGCCCCGAUGAUCUAUGUCACAGAGGAGUUUGAGCAGAUCUUUGAGCAGUUUCCUGAGCCUCCCAAGCUGAUGAAUUUCCAUCAUGGUGCUUAUGGGAAGCUAAAUUGGCCAUCUUUUGUGUAUGAGGAGUCAGCAUUGGAACCAAAUCCUGAAUACCUGUCCAGAGUAUUUUCCCAAGUCAGAGAAGUAGGAAUUUAUGCUCCAAGUGAGGUUACUGAAAAAGUUUUGAAGAGCUUCUCAAAGGCUCAGGACAUUACAAUAUUUACAGAUGAUUUUGAAGUUCAUGGUAAAUACCUGAAAAACUUGACGUCACUUGACAUAAAUGUUGGUUACCAAGAGGAGUGGCCUAUUCUUGUUUCCCUGAGUCAGACUUCCCCCAGAUUAGAACAGUUAACCCUCAGGUCUUUCUCUCUGCAAAUGGAUGAUUCCCUUGCUCAAAGCCCUGCCUUCCCCUUACUACACACCCUUAAGUUCCAUGGGCAAAAUGUGCUGCAGGGAAGUGCUCUGCUGGCCUUCCUGCGCGGCUGCCCUUCCCUCGUCACCUUCAUCCUCUCCAUGAUAACAGAUGAAGACGGUGACUCCCAGCUUGACGAACAAACUCUAAUGCAAGCUAUUCCCUUAUUAACUGGCAUCCAAAAGUUUGUGUACAAAGUUCAGAGUGCAUUAAGAACCACAGACGGUGUGCCCUCCAGCCUGACCAUGCAGUCCUGCCUGGCCUUGAUUGACGCUUGCCCAAACCUAAUGUACAUUGGGCAGCUGGAGACGUGGAAAAUCACAAGGGUUGAGAUAAAUACCUUCCAGGAGAUGGUACGGGGAAAAAAUUGGGACUUAGAAAUUGCUUAACAUGUAAAUUUAGUUAGAAAAUAGAAAAGUCUGUGAUGUUCAUUUGAUUUCAUUUAGUGUAUGAAUCUGUAUAGAGUAAUUUGAAUUAGGUUUUUGGUCAUUCAGAUGCCUUAAAAGAUAACAUUGUGAUAUGUUUUAUAGUGCAACUAAUUAUUCAUAAUUUUUGAAAGAAAUUUUACCAAAUUUUUAUGACAUACAUUUAUGAAACUGCAGAUAUGGAUGUACUUAAUCAUUAAUGUUAAAAAAACUAUUCUGGAAAUAAAAAUAUAGGAAUGGAGAAUUACCCAAA